AUUAUACAACUCUUCUUAUACUCUUCAACACUAGUCUCAAGAUUAAUUUUUAUUCAAAUAAAUCACCCUUUAGCUAUAGGAUUAAUAUUAUUAAUCCAAACAUUGCAAAUUUGUUUAAUCACCGGAUUAAUAGCUAAAAGAUUCUGAUUUUCAUACACCUUAUUUUUAAUUUUUUUAGGAGGUAUACUAGUACUAUUUAUUUAUGUAACCUCAUUAGCAUCAAAUGAAAUAUUCUCCCUGUCUAUAAAAUUAACAACCAUCUGUAUAAUAAUUAUUUUGACCCUUACAAUAAUUGCUAUAUUUACAGAUAAAUUAUCAACAUCCCCAUUUAUUGAAAAUUUAGAAAUACAACCUUUACUUAACUUUAAUUUAACUGUCUCUGAAAACUCUUUAAAUCUUCACAAACUAUAUAAUUAUCCAACAAAUUUUAUUACUAUUCUAUUAAUAAACUACCUAUUAGUCACAUUAAUUGCGGUUGUAAAAAUUACUAAAUUAUUUUAUGGGCCUCUUCGACAAAUAAACUAA